AUCUUUUCCAUAAACUAAACAAUUCUUCUUUAAAGAUUUGUAAAAGAUGACUAAAAAAGGAACUCUUACAGUAACUGUUGUUGAAGCCAAAAACUUGAAAGAUGAAGACCUUAUUGGUAAAAGUGACCCUUAUAUCAAACUUAUUCUAAAUGAGAAUAACACUCAAGCUACCUCUACUAAGAGUGGUGACUUAAACCCAACGUAUAAUGAAACAUUCACCUUUAAUAUUGACGGACAUAAACACCUCGAUAUUGAAUGUUGGGACAAAGAUACAGUUACCAGUGAUGACAUAAUUGGAAAAAACGAUGUUAGCCUCUCUCAUGUUAUCUCUAAAGGAACCGAUGAUGUCUGGGUUAAAUUAAAAUCAGGAAAACUUGGAAUUAGAAGCAAGGGAGAAGUUCACUUACAGAUGACAUUUGAACCUAUUGCUUAAAUUUUUUUUUUCGAUUACUUUUUAUAAGAACUUUCUUUUUGAUUCUUUUUCCUUAUAUUUAUUUAUUUGCCAAUAAAAUAUUGUAAUCGUUUUUACAUAAUUUUAUCAAUUUAUCGAUUACAUCAUUAUAUCAAGUUUAUCUUUUGUAAUCUUCAUCGUACGAAUAAAAUUAUCAUGUAAAUCAAUAUAGAAAAAGGAGUUAUUUGACGGAAAGUAGUGAAACAACUAAACGCCAAUACGCAUUACUAUUAAAGCGGUGUGAUUAUAUGAGAUAUCACAUUUUCCCACGCCCGAAUAGAUAAUCUAUAUAUAAAAUGGUUUAAAUAUUUGUUUGAUACAGGAAAAAAAACCCUUUCUCGUAUACU